UAGCUUCCCAGUUCCCGAUCGCAAUGCUCCACUCCAAUUUCUAGGGUUUCUUACUUCACGUUUUUUCUCAGAUUAAUCCUCCCAGAAAUCUCGAUGGUGGACUACCAUCGAAGCAGAUCCAACGCCUUCCUUCUCCCUGGUCUUUGCUUCCUGCGCUGAAGGAGGAAGAGGGAUGGGUUCAAAUCCUGGUCAGGCCUCCGAUUUGAAGACGGAUCACCUUGUGCGUCAGCCGGCCGGUGGCGAAGGUCACUUAAUCGCCGCCGCGGACGCCAGGGCACUGCAAUCGUAUGGACAUGACAGGGGCAACGGCGGAGCCGGUGAUGGCAUGGAGGAAGAUCUCGACGGUGCUGUUGAGGGGGAGGCUAUGGAAGGUGAUGUGGGUCAUGAUCACGGAGGCUUGGGAGAUCAAAAUGCCAUCAUCGUGCCUCCAGUUGCUAGCAAUCAGCUGACGCUCUCGUUCCAUGGGGAAGUCUAUGUGUUCGACUCUGUCUCACCUGAAAAGGUUCAAGCUGUUCUUUUGUUGUUGGGGGGACGUGAAAUUGCUGCCACCUCAGCCUCAAUGCCAUCAGCAUCUAAUCAAUUGAAUAAGCGCUUGAAUUUCCCUCACAGAGUUGCUUCACUAAUGAGGUUCCGUGAGAAGAGGAAAGAGCGCAACUUUGACAAAAAGAUACGAUAUGCUGUACGGAAAGAAGUUGCUCUUAGGAUGCAGCGAAAUAGAGGUCAGUUUACUUCAUCAAAAUCAAAGCCUGAGGAUGCCAAUUCAGAUGUCACAAAUUGUGAGGGAACCCAGCAUUGGGGUUCAAUUGAAGGUCGGCCACCGUCGUCAGCUGUUUGCCAUCAUUGUGGUAUCAGCUCAAAAUUGACACCAAUGAUGCGCCGUGGACCUGAUGGACCAAGGACACUAUGCAAUGCUUGUGGACUCAUGUGGGCAAAUAAGGGUACAUUGAGAGACCUCUCUAAAAAUCCUUCCCUGAUUCUACAGAGUGGCCCUCAAGAAGGAAAUGAAAUGAUACUUGUUUCUCCCCAGAAUGAAGCCUCUGCAACAGUAGUUGAACAACAACCUCUUGCUGCUAACCGUCCAGAAUCGUUGUCGCCAUGAGAAAUCCUAGUUGCACAUACUGUGGGAGCUCCAGUAGUAGUCAGUAAUAGUAGCAUACAUUUGCCCUGUAUUAUAUCCUCUCACUAGGUUUAUCUUGUGUGGAUGACCAAGAACUACUUAACUUUAAUGAGGAUUCAUCUGCAGUUAACUCUUGCUGAUUA